AUGGCUGCCGCCAGAAAGCUGGAGAGUCUGAAUGAGAACUUCUUGACCUGUUCCAUAUGUACGGAGGGAUACAAAGACCCCUGUACUCUGACCUGUGGACACACCUUCUGUAAGGGCUGCCUGGGGGAAUUCCUGAAGACCAGACAAGACGCCAUCAGAGCCAAGUCUAUCCCGUGUCCCUACUGUCGUCAGAUGACCCGAGUUCCCAGGCCUGACAGACCAGUGGAGGAGUGGGUGAAACAGAUCAAGCCCAGUUUCAUCAUACAGGGACUUCUGGACACGUUUGGCUCUGAGAAAGUAACUGAUGAAGGUGGCAGUGAGAAGCUAUGUGCAUCCUGUACACAACUGGGAGACAGAACGGAGGCUACUUCACUCUGCCAAGACUGUGACGUCGUUCUAUGUACCAGGUGUUCAAAUAUACACACGUCAUUACCAGUGACCCGCCAUCAUGUCAUUCAGGAACUUGGUGAAGAUAUCAAGGCGACAGGGAAAGGGAAGAUUCUUUGUAAGGAGCACAAUGAGCUGGUGAAUUUCUGCUGUAAAGAUUGCAACACAUCCAUCUGUCAGACGUGCUGUAUCAUAUCCCACAGGAGGUGUGAGUCUGUGGUUACAAUGAAGUCGAUGAUGUCCGAGAUGAGGUCUGCCUUGGAAGACAACAAAGACAAGAUAUGCAGACAGUUAGAGAGAACAAGGCUGGAUGUAAUGGAUCAUCAACGACAGACUGAGCGGAUCAAUCUGCAGAAGGCAACCACAGUGUUAGAGAUCAAGCAGGUGACACAGGAAGCCGUGGACGUGAUUAAACAGAAGGAGAAACAGCUGCUGGAGAAGCUGAAUCAGAUGACAGCGAAGCAGUCUGGCCAACUGAGGGGGCGGAUAAAGUCAGGGGAAAUAAACAUGCAGAUGUAUCAACAACACAUAGAGUACAUCACCCAGGUGUUGAAGUCUGGGAGUGAAACUGACAUUUUUGACAUUUACCAGAUGUGUCAGUCAGGAACUAUCGAGGCAGUGGUGAAGGCAGAUGUCAAUCUUGAAACCGAUGUGCUCGAAUCCAAAAUCAGAUUUGUGAAGCAGUAUGACGCACAGAAAUUCGACAAGGAUAUCAUACUUGGUAGAAUUGAACACUUGACAUAUGACACUGAGUGUCAGCUUGUCUUACGUGAUACGAUUGAUAUCAGAAUACAUGGUGAUAAGGAAACCCCUGAUCCAGCUGAUGUCACAGUCCUGGUUGUGCACGGCGUAGAGACACUGGUGGUCACCGACUAUAAUAAUAAGAGUUUGAAAUCCUUCUACACUAAAAAGGACAAACCACGACACAGUAAACUAGAUUUCUCAAGUGCUCCACACUCUGUGACGAGGGUUAGGGACAACAAGGUGGCUGUAUCAUUCUGGUCACACAAUGAGAUUGUAAUAGUACGGGUGACCCCUGACCUUGUAUUACAGUCACGUGUCACAACAAAGAAGAAGUACAGAGGUCUGACAGCCUCGAGUCCUUCAACAUUUGCAGCAGGUUGUGAGGAUCCUCCUUGUGUUGAUAUCCUGGAUGUAUCGGGGAGAGUGAUGAGGUCGGUCAGUAGAUUCAACUCUGGGAAGAACCUGAUAUGUAAGCCCUGCUACCUCUGUGCUACAGACAGGGGCGACGUCCUGGUGUCAGAUGCUGGCACAGACUCUGUCUACUGUAUCACACCAGAGGGAGAUGUUGUGUUCACCUACACCCAUACAGGAGAGAGGGGACUGGGGGGACCAGUAGGUAUCACAACUACCAGCACAGGACACAUCCUGGUGGCAGACUACUCGACACACAAGGUGAUACUAAUGACAGCAGCAGGGGAGUUUGUCAGAGACCUGCUGACGUCACAGGAUGAAAUAGCGUAUCCAUAUGGCAUCCGUCAUGAUGGUAAUACGUUGUAUGUGUGCACACAACGUAAUCAGAUACUGGCGUUUCAGUGGAACUGAUAAUGGUUCCUGACACUACAGAAAACAGUACAUAAAUAGUUGCUUUUAUCCCUGCUCAAAGUGGAUAUUUGGUUCAUUGAGGUGUGAAUCGAAAAAAGAUGUGCAAACUGUGUGCAUCCGCGUAGCCUGAGUACACAGGCAAUCUUUGUAAUUAAAUUCAACACAAAAACAUGUUUGAUCAUUAACAACUAUAUAAAUCAAAGCUGUCAAAUAUGACGAAAUUGAUAAAUUAUCCCGGCGUAGGAAUACAUGAUAUGGCGUGACAUGAAUUGGCUGAUUAUUAAUUUAUACACACGCCAACAACGUCAAUCAACGGAGAGUAACGUCAAAGUUCAUAGACUCAAUGAAGGCAAGAGACAAAGAACUGCAAUGGCAAUGAAUCAGAGCAAAUAGAAGGAGAAGAAGGUUGUUUCGAAUGACAUUCAAACAUUAGUUUCCCUAGAAUUGGAACCCAGUUUCAACAAUGAGAGUUAGAAAUGAAACCCGAAAUGAGAUUGUGCCAUGCCAUUUUCUUGUGCAAUGAAGACGGCAGUAUUGUGUCGAACUGUGUGGGCAAGUGAAGGCAGAUAUGUCACCAGUGUCAAUGAUAUCUUUGUGUUGUGUAGGGCGUGAUACACCAUGUUGCAUUGUAUUUAAACUAAGCGUUGAGCAUGUCAUUUGCCGAUUUAAACUGUUUCUCCCGAACAAUGACAAUGGCCCUGCCGAUGUCACUUAAGUGUCUUUUCAAGGCAUACCAAGCGGUUUGAUGGUGUUUUUGUGAUAUACUGCAGCCUGAGAUUGCAACUUGUUGGCCCUCUGAUCUGCAUAUUUGGGUACAGAAUUUACGAAGUUUUCCUUCGAGUUCCUCGGGGUUAGUGAUGAGUGUACAGUUGCCCCAUCAGUUUCGAUCGCCCAAUCUUAUAUAUUAUAUAUAACAUGUCCCAGCUAGAUUUCUGUGUUUUAGCCUACAUACAGAUCUAUGAUCACAGAUAGUUACGAAAAAAUCCUGUAUCAUGAGGGAGAGUUACAUUAACCGGGAAGUCGGGUAGCCUAGUGGUUAAAGCGUUCGCUCGUCACGCCGAAGACCCGUGUUCGAUUCCCAACAUGGGUACUAUGUCGGAAGCCCAUUACUGGUGUCCCCCGCCAUGAUAUUGCUGGAAUAUUGCUAAAAGCGGCGUAAAAUCAUACACACUCCCUCACUUAAAUUAACGAUGAAUAUUAGAUAUGAAAUAGGCCAAAUCUACUGAAUUCUUUCCAAACGAAAUGCAUUGGUUUAAAUCAGGUUGGAUCUGCAGUCGUAGUCAAUAUCACCGUGUGGUUUUAAUUAUUUUGUAUCAUUUGGGAACAAAGGGUUUACCUUGAAACAUUUUACCUACGAUUUGGUAUUUUUCUUUGUAGACGUGGGUUGUCUACAAUCACCUAGUUGUUGCAAGUCCAUAUUCGAUAAUUUCUUGAAUCUAGAGGGUGCUAGUGUAACAGGGGUUAAUUUAGUGAUAUUAUAUCAUGUAAAUAAAUGUAUAAUCAAUCAUUUUAAUCUUAUUUCAGGUUUGAGUGAUCUGGCAGACAAUGAUUGGUUUAUACAUAUAUCAGUUGCAAUUAGUUGUCAGUCCGUCUGUCUCUUGCUUUUAUAUCAACUGCACAGUUCUGUGUCACAGGGCUAGUCACAUUUAAGGUAUAAGGGUAUUUGGGUUGAUCUAUUUUCAUGUCAUUGUCUUUGGUGUCGUAGCAAAAGCCCAGGCCUAGCUUCUCGCUUGAUUGGUCCUGUUUCAAAUAUACAUGUCAUCCGCCAUGUUACUGACUAGCCACACUAUCACUGCAUGAAGAUUGUACACCAGCUUGAAUAUUGUACAACUCAAAGGUUAGUUAUUAUACAUUUUAAUUGUUAUAUAAAACUGUAGAUUAAAGUCUAAUAUAAAUCCUUGCAUACAAUCAAUUUAAAUAUGUUCAUGAUCAACCGAGUGUAAAUAUAUAUACACAAUCUGCCAUUUAACCCGUAUGAAUGUGCGUAUGGUUUGUUUUCUGUUUAAUCUGGUCAAUAUGCUGUCUUGUAAUUAUUGUUUUGUAACUGUAUACUGUAUGAUGAAAGAAUGAUAUACCAUCGAUCCUGUAUUGUUGGUAAUACUGUAGAAUUUCACAGUGGUGGUCACAAUUAUGUAUAUAUGUUUCAGUAAGCAUAACGGUAGCCCGUUUUUAUAUAUAUAUAUAUAAUCUAGUUGUCAAGAAAUACAUUUGCUCAAUGUAUUAUCCCUUAUAUAAGAUUCCUGUACAUGUUUGCUGUCCGGCGACUGGGUGCGUGGACACACUCCCGUGUCACAGGGUAGGUUUCUGUGUGCAGACUCUAUAGUCUGUUUCAUGAUUAUAGCCCUGUUUAGUCUUCAUGUCAACAGACAUCGUGUUCAUCACAUAUGAAUAUGUGAUCAUUUAAAGUCGCUUGUGUGCUGUAUUUAAUGUGUUAAACGUGUAUAUGAUUAUUGAUAUGCAUAUUUUUGUUCAUCAUGAUGAUAUGUUCACCACGUGUGAUUUGAUUUGAUUUAUAUUGUUUGUUUAUUAUCAUUACACUACCCUGGAAUAAACUGAUAGUACCUCACAACCCGUAGCCUGUAGCUUAUGUGCAUAACACCCUAAUAUUACUAUCUCAUGGCUGCAACACUAGCAUAGAAGUUUUGUUUUGUUACGCCAUUGCAGUUUCUUGAGUUGCAGUUUUGGGAGUAGUUGAAGCUGGAAUCUCGAGAAAAUAGUCUAUUUCUUCCAGAUCAAAUCCUCCAGAAAUCUUAAUAUUAAGAUCCGGGACAAAACAUGGCAUUUUCUCCAGGUAACAACCGAAAUACAAACUUUGAAUCGCCUAAUCAAAACUUCCGUAAAUGAAGUCAGUCAUAUUGUUGCUUUGUAAUCACGAUGAUGCAGACGAUUCUUUCUGGACUGAGCAUGGUAAAUAC